AUGGCAACAUUGGAUGAAGAACACACUGCGACAAACACAUUUUCCCUAAUUCACUUACUCGGUAAUCAAUUGCUUUGUCAUAGUACUGAUAAGGACGCUCACAUCAUCAGUUAUGUAUCUUCAAGACAACUUCAAGGCAAAAUCAUCGGUCUUUACUUCUCCGAUCAUUGGCGUCCACUUUCACGACAGUUUACACCUAAGUUAGUCGAGUUCUACAACAACAUGUCUGAAGAAAUGAGAAAACACUUUGAAAUUGUGUUUAUCUCCUGGGAUCGAGAUGAAAACGAAUUUAAUAGCUAUUUCAGUGAAAUGCCCUGGUUGGCUUUGCCAUAUUCAGAUCGAGCUCGAAAGGAUGCCUUGGACAGUAAAUACGGCGUAGAAGGGAUUCCAUGUUUAAUCGUUCUGUCAUCAUCGGGUCAAGUGAUCACUACGGAAGGUGUGGAAGAAGUGAGCAGCGGUGGUUACGAAUGUUUUCUCAGAUGGGCAUCAGCGAGUCAAAUUAUCAUCACAACAAUCGGGCACAGUGAUGAAUUACAUCAACAUCAUGAUGGUAUGCGUGGUCAUCAGAUAUUGAUGACAAAGGCAGCAAACAGUGCCUCAAGCAACCAUCGGUCAUAUGCAUACAGUAGUCAAACUCAUACGAGUCGAGGAUCAUCAUCUGUAUUCGUCGAGUUAUUUGGUAAUAAUCUGUUGUGUCAUGAAUUUCAUGGUAGUACCAAGAGUGCCGCCUUCGUCUCAGUCGAAGAAAUUGCUGGAAAAGCCAUUGGACUUUAUUUUUCGGGCCAUUGGUGUCCACCUUCACGACAGUUUACACCUAAGUUGGUCGAGUUCUACAACAGCUUGUCUGAAGAAAUGAGAAAACACUUUGAAAUUGUGUUUAUCUCCUGGGAUCGAGAUGAAAACGAAUUUAAUAGCUAUUUCAGUGAAAUGCCAUGGUUAGCUUUGCCAUAUUCAGAUCGUGCUCGAGAACAAUUGUUGCGCAGUAAAUAUGGAGUGACUGGUAUUCCAUGUCUGAUCAUUUUGUCAUCAUCGGGUCAAGUGAUCACUAUAAAGGGUGUUCAUGAAGUGAGCAACAAUGGUGCUGCAUGUUUUGCGGCUUGGAUGACAGCAAGUGGAAUCACACUGCGAACGAUGACUAUCGUGACAACAGCUGAUCAUCAAUUGAGAACAGGUGGUAGCCAUGAAAGCGCUGAGCAGGUAAUUUUGGCAAGUGCUACAUCGGGCAAAGCAGUUAGCCACCAAUUGAACGAAUGCAGUGGAAAUAUUAAGACUGGAAAGUUCCUGAUAACAAGUGAAACACAUAGUAGUACCGGAGGAACUGGUGGAUUUGCGAUGGCAGAAAGAGCAGUGAAACAAUCAAGCAGUAGCGAAGCAGCUUCGAAAGCAAGAACGGUGACACACUCAAGCAGUGCUCAACGAUCACUUCAAACAAGUAAAAGUGGGCAAGCUACAGGUGUCACAAUAGCCGAAAGAACAGUGAAACAAUCAAGUAGUGGCCAGCAAGCACUUCAGUCUAGUAGUAGCGAAGAAGCUUCGGCAGCGAGAACCGUCAUACAGUCGAGCAGUGGUCAGCAGGCAUUGCAAUGUAGUGGUAGUACGAAAGUGACAGGUGAGACCCGUGUACAAGUAGACCGAAAACAUGGCAAAGAAGCCAAAACUGAAGUUAUUGAGGACACCAGCGACGAGAAUGUCUUGUCAAUAACUCGCAAUAGGCGAUUCGAAACAAAGCGAUCACGCAGAUGCUGCUUCAUUUGGGUCGGUGUUUGUUGUUUGCUUGCCAUUCUACUUGCACUGUUGAUUAUCUUCAUCGCGUGGAGAUUGUUGCCGUAUCUUCGAAAGUCAGCUACUGUAGUAGUCACCGAGGGAAAAAAAACACCAGAGAUUGCACUGAAAGCAAUGUUCACCACCAGUUAUUUCAUCGCAGGAGCCAAUCAAACUGAAAAUAUUACCGAUGUUGAUGAUAUGGCCGAUCAAAUAAAUCUAAAACUAUCUGAAUAUAAGAUUCGCGUUGUCAAUGGAUUCUUCUGGAAUGUCUUACUCUCGCGUCGGUAUCGCAAGGAAAUGUGUCCAAAUGGAUUACUCGGAAAUAUUCUUCAGUUGAAUAUUCUUGCAUCACUUACGAAUCAAUGUACUCUUUCGGACAAACAAAAGAAGCAACAAGAAAAACGCUACGGCCACCCCCGCCGCCAACUAGAACAACUAGAGCAACAACAACAACAACAGCUAGCACUACUACUACAACGAGAAAACAACGUCGAAAAACAACGACAACCAUAA